AUUCAGCUGAAUAGAGAGAGACGGCGAAGGAGCUCUGAAGGAAACAAAAAUGGCAGGCAGAAGCGGCGGCGGAAGAGGAGGAGGAGGAGGAGGAGCAUCGGCUGAUCUUCACUCCGCGGCAAGAUCCGGUGAUUUAGCAGCAGUUCAAUCUAUUAUCAGCUCUAAUCCUUUGGCUGUUAAUUCUAGGGAUAAGCAUUCUCGGACUCCGUAUCCUUUCUUCUCGCAAAAUCAAUCUUCUUCGAUUUUAGUUUCUGCUUGAUCAUGAAAUUUAAAUUCUCUCGACUCGCUUUUCUCUGUUUGACUACAAAUUUUCCGAUGUUUGCUGAAUGUAAUUUGCUACGGCCUUAAUUAGGGUUCUUAAAACCUUAGUAUCAGCUUAUACAACUUUAUUCAAUGCUAAACAUUAUUUCUAGGUUUUACAUUUUGAUUCGUCACACUUGAUUUGGUUGCUAGGAGAAUGAUGGUUUGUAGAUUACAGCUAGAGCAAUGAUAGAUCUGAUCUACUUUACGUGUUCAUUGCAGUCUUUUGUUGUUCAUUUUUUUGUCCUUAACAUCAUGAUCUCUUGGGGAAAUAGACUACAUUUAGCAGCAUGGGCAGGGCACAACGAGGUAGUGAGCUACUUAUGCAAGAACAAAGCUGAUGUUGGUGCUGCAGCAGGAGAUGACAUGGGUGCGAUUCACUUUGCUUCUCAAAAGGGGCAUUUGGAAGUUGUGAGAACUUUAUUAUCUGCCGGUGGUUCUGUGAAGUCUAUCACUCGCAAGGGACUCACUCCUCUUCACUACGCUGCUCAAGGUUCUCACUUUGAAAUCGUCAAGUACUUGGUUAAGAAAGGAGCAAGCGUCAGAGCUACGACUAAGGCUGGGAAGAGUCCAGCUGAUGUUGCGGGUAAUGCAGAAACGCAAAAUUUCCUUGAAGAAUGUGAAGAGCAAGCAAGGAAAGCUAAGGUGAACAAUGAGAAAAAGACGGAAAUAGUGAAACCAGAGAGUUGUAGCAAUGAAGGAGAUGUCAAGGAUCUGAAAAGAAAGGACUCUGAGGAUGGAAACGAGGGUGAGGAAGAAGAAGCUUCUUCGAAACCGAAAAAGCCAAAAGUUGCUCUUUCUCAUCUUCAGGACAUUGACGACACAGAAGCUGAUCAAGAAGAAGAGUAACUCUUCUAUUCCAUCAGAAGUUUCUUAACAAGAGUUGUAAGAUCCUCCAUCAUAUGAGAUAGGUCGUAGUUCACCAAAACUUUUGUUCGUUUCCGAGAUCCGUAAAAGCCUGUAGAAGAAUCCAUCACUUUGCAUUUUAGAAUUGGUUGGUAAAACAGAUUGUUUUUAGCUGUCAAAUC